AAGAGCUUAGGGGGAGGGAUAUACCAACAGAGCCCAGCUUCCUCCUGACCUCUGGAAAACGAUGGACGUGCCGCUUCCUUCUAAAUUUAGACACUUAUUCGUGUCUGUGCAUUAUGAGCUCCAAACUGCAGUUCUCGUUUAUGUCAAUAGUUUAGGCCUAGUUCGGACGAAACAAGGUGACAGGCCCUCGCGGGUCUCCGUUGGCACUAUGAGCGGCGGCUCGAUCUGACGGACGCGCACCAUCGCAGCUCCUUUCAUGUUUACGAGACUCAGAAACACGUAAUGGCGCAGGGGAAUAAUAGUAAUUUCCUGACUAUCCCCUCACAAGAGGAACUUUUCAAGACGGUGAGAGUUGAGCGUUUCGAAGACAACAGUAAUGAUGAAGAUGAGGAAGAAACGGAGGAAGACGUCAGGCUAAUACCGAGGUCUUCUCCUGUUCCCAGGAAGCGAGGCUCUUCGAUCGCGGAUGAAACCGACGAGUACAUGCGAAUCAGCCUGGUGUUACCGAACAGAAGUGUGUCGUUUGCAGACAGUACGGGAGCCGAGCUGGUCGAUGUCAGAAUGUUUGUCCCGUUUGAUUCAGAUGACGAGGACGCCUCAAGAUGGGAGGAAGAGGAGGCGCGGUGCCGAAAGGCCUUCCGUGAGCCCACUUACCGUGUGUGGCCAGAGUUCCAGCCGCUCACCGGAGCGGAGCUCGUGCUCGCCGUACACAGCAACAAGCUGGAAGUGGAGCGCGUGACAUCUGUGCCAGACGAGCCUCUGUCAUUCGAGGUGCUUAUUCGUGUGCUCAACAUUUCUUUUCACAAAUCAGUCUACGCCCGGUCCACGAUGGAUGGUUGGAUCAAUCACUUUGAUUACCCAGCCGAGUACGUCCAGGACUCCAACGACGGCGAAACGGACAAGUUCUCCGUGAAACUGACCUUCGCUUCACCGUACCUGUUCAACGGAGCGCGGAUUGAUUUUGUAGUGCGCUAUGAGACGCCAGAUGGAGAGUUUUGGGCAAACAACUCUGGCAGGAAUUACUCGGUAACUCUCUUACAGUCAUAUGAAGAAGACACAGUCCAGACCACCACAGCGGACACAACAGAGUUGAGAGGAAUCCUAAAACCUCCCCGAUACCGAGCUGACAUUGGUUUUGAUGACUCUAAUGACAAAGGAGAUGAAGAUCUGAGCAGCACUAAGUGUGAAGAGGCAGAGAAUCAAGCGUCAUUUGCACAGCCAGUUAUAGUCCAGCCAGAGAUCGACAUCGAGACUGCCAAGAAUUCGUCCAGUUCUCCAGAAUCCACCAGAGCCUCCUCCACAGCAGGAUGUCCUCAGUCCACUUCAGAUACUCCCCUUGGAGAACCACUUGCACUAGAGUCAUCCAAUAAUUUACCACAAACAGAAGAGUCUGGACUUCAGCCGUCAACUCUAGCCGUCCCCCAGUCACGCUCAACACAGCAGUUCUCUAAACCACAAUAUCAAUUCUAUAAUGUUGGCCCUUCCUUGUCCCUUCCCCUUCCUGCAGUCCUCGUACACCAUUAUGAUCACCCAGAGACAGCCAAGGAUGAAUUUGAGGAUUCCAGUAAACCUGACCAAUCCCUUCAUCCACAAAAGGAUGAUUUUCACAUUGACAUGUUAGCGCAAGUGCCUUUCGAGUUAGGCCAACCAUCACUGGCUGGCCUUCCAGACAUGCCACAAAUCCAGGAAGAAGGUAUGCAGAAUGUUAAAGAUAAGGAAGAUGUUGAAGAAAAGGAUGACAUAUUGGCAGAUGUGCUUGAAGAACCAAGUAGGAAUAUAGAAGAAGAUAAAACAGGGACUUAUUUUCAAAUGUUGGAAGAAGCCAAGCAGCCUCCUUCAUCAAAUGAGGUAAACAAUGCAACUAAAGAUGUUGAAGAGCUCAGUUUAUCAGAGGGAUUACAGCACCCCCUGGAGGAAGGAAUUCAGGAACAGAAAAUAGAACUCGUCUCUUCAGUCCGAGUCGAGACCACCAAGACGAUUGAGGUGGAAAGUACCAAGAUGGAUGAUGAGAAAACAGUUGGUUUGGUGGCUUCCUGUUUGUUGCCCUCUCAUUUAGGUCACACAAGACAGGACAAAGAAUCCCAAAGUUUCUUUGAUAAGCCGGCAACCAUACAACAUCAGCAAGAGGAAGGACUUGUCUUGGAUCCGUGCAUGUUGGCCUCAGUCCUCCCUGAGGAUCCACUCCUUGAUAAACAAACUAUUUCCAUGUCUAUUCCAGAGCAUCUUACGAGCAAACCAGAAAAGCUGGACACAUGUCUGAUGGUCUCUGCAACCUUCUUCAGUGCUGUAAUUUGCCUGGCUGUUGGGAUUCAAGAGCCCAGUUUUUUUCUGUGUGUGGGAUUAUUCCUGUUUCUUAUCUUAGCUACAGAGAGAUAGAUCUGUGUCUUAUCAAUCUAUUAGACCCCCCCCCCCCAUCUGUUUCUUCUAAAAAGCCUUAAGACAUUUCCUUCUUCCUUUUCCCCCAAGUGCCUUGAGGAAUUCCAAAGUGUGUGUGUUAUAAUGACAUGCAAUCAUAUCUGGUGUUAUACUUGUGUUUAUAUAUUUGUAGAGUGCGAGUUAGUGUUUUCAAAUGUAGGAGUUGAGCUUCUGCUUGAUAUAAUGUGUAUCAUUCAGACUUCCAGUAUUAUAGUU